GGCGCCUGCGGGCAAAGCGAGGUUGGGGCCGCGGCACCUGGGGCUGGGAGCCGGAGCUCAGUUAUCUCCUGCCGGCUGGGAUCAUGACCCUCACUAAAGGAUCCUUCACCUACUCCAGCGGAGAAGAGUACCGCGGCGAAUGGAAGGAGGGCCGCAGGCACGGCUUCGGUCAGCUGCUGUUUGCCGAUGGUGGCACCUACCUGGGUCAUUUUGAGAACGGGCUCUUUAACGGCUGCGGGGUGCUGACCUUCUCCGAUGGCUCCAGAUACGAGGGGGAGUUUGCCCAGGGCAAGUUCAAUGGAGUUGGAAUCUUCACUCGUCAUGAUAACAUGACCUUCGAAGGGGAGUUUAAGAACGGCAGAGUGGAUGGCUUUGGGCUGCUGACCUUCCCGGAUGGCUCCCACGGACUGCCCCGCAACGAGGGCCUGUUUGAGAACAACAGACUCCUGCGCCGCGAGAAGUGCACGGCCGUGCUCCAGCGGGCCCAGAGCGCCUCCGAGGCAGCCCGCGGCCUCCCGGCCUGAGGCGGCCACCGAGGGCCAGUCCGGAAGGGCCCCGAGUGGCCGUCCUCUCCAGACGGAGCCGGGCACAGGGAGAACCAGGGCCUCGUGUUUCUGCAUGCCCGUUCACCUGGACGCCCCUCCAGAAGUUGGACCGAGGGAGCGGAUCGGCCAAUACCCGCCCUUCCUACGGAUCGGGUCCUACGGAUCGCGGAGCAGCGACGCUGGGCUCCCCCCACGCCUGCUGCCCACCGCGGCUCAGCGGAGCACGGCCUUCUCUCCCUCGCAUCCCUGCCCUCCACUGCCUCCGGCUCUGACUCACCCCCCGGACACCCGCCGCCUUGGCCCUCCUCUGCCUCCUCUCGCCCUGAAUGUGUGAGACCUCCAUGCCACCUCUGGUCCCUCCUUGCCAACAAGCCAGUGCCUUGUGCUGCCUUGGAGAGGCAGGGCAGAGAUACGUAUUGAGAGAAGGCACGCAGCCUCCCUGCGGGCCAGCCUCAGAGCCUUUACCUUUAUCCUCGUUGCCUGCCAUUGCUUGGAACCCAGGGCCCAUGGCCACCAGGGCCCUGGCUGGGCCACUGCUGGACUCACCUCUUCAAACUGCCAGCCUCGCCUUCGUCCCACAAGCGUCCGCUCCUGAGGGCUCUGGGGGAUGGGGGCAGAGCUGCCUCACAUGCCCCUUGUCCUUAUCCAGAAUGUCCCAUCGUACGUGCUGCUCAGCUUUCUGCUCCUCUCCUCCCUGGGCCUGGGGGCAGUGGUGCAGGUGGGAAAGAAACACCCCCCAGAGCUGUGACUACCCGGCAUUAUUGUACUCUGGGGCAGGAGAGUACCCAAGUCUGGCCCUAGCUGAUCCAGUGCAGGCUAGAUGUGGGCACUGAGCACACCCAGAUUAUUUUACGGUGCCAUCCUGCCAAUUGUGUGAACUCCUUGGCUCUCCCUGGCCCCUCUGGGCUCCCCCUGCCACCCCCCACCCCGAUUCUUCCCCGCAACACACACAUCAGGACCAAGCCCUGAAUAACAGGAUCCUUUCCCCCUGGGAAGAUGACAACUAGAAGGUUGGGGGAGAGGGGAGAGCCCCCCUCCAUUUUUUUAUCCUCUCUCCCUGCUGCCCACCUUCUUCCUCUUUUUCCCUAUCACUCCCAGGGGACAGGAGGAGAGUCUUCCUCGGCCCUGGCUGCACACUAGCUGGAUGUCUUUUGGCCUGUUAGUCAUCCCCUUGCCCUGCCAGGUCCUAGAUAAACCGACCCUUGGGGUCAAAAUGAUCGAGGACCUGGCGCUGGUGCCAGGGUGCUCCUGUGACCCCUCUAUACUGGGAAGCUCCUUGUGAUGGGGCAGAGAAGCAGUGUGGCUUUUAGUGGAAAGAGCCCAGGCUUAGGAGUCAGAGGUCAU